UUUUAAGAAUUUUAAAAGACAAAUGACAACGCCGCACGUCAACAGACGUCAGGUGAACUGUCAGACCUAACCUGAAAACAAUUCGAUUUAAAACAGUGAUGUAACAAUGUUUAAAACAUUGUAGCAAAAUUGUCAACCGACAGUAUCAAAUUAAUAUGUUAAACCAGUCACGAUGAAACAUCACUGGCCACAAAUUUAUAAAUUUUGCGCACGCCACUUCCAAACUCACAGCACUUUAUCUAGGAACCAUUACGAUGCACUCGGACUCACCCCAAAGGCGACGCAGGCCGACAUCAAGUCGGCCUAUUACAAAUUAUCAAUGAUCUACCAUCCGGACAAAAGUAAAGACGGUGACGACGCGGAUAAGUUUCGUUCAAUCACCGAAGCUUACGAAGUGUUGGGGAACGUUAAAACAAGGCGACUUUACGACAAAGGUAUGCUUAUGGGCGCUCAAAGUUCCGCGGAACCGGAAAAUAAAUUUUACAAGUCGAGGGAGAUGAGAACCAGACCGCCGCCGCCGGGUGGCCGGACGCCUAUUUACGAUUUCGACGAGUGGAGCAAGAUGCAUUAUUCGCAGACGUUCGUUCGCAGCCAAGAAACGAAGCGGUACAGGGCGCAACAGCAGAAAAUCAAAGAAGAGAGUACCUAUGACACAAAGGCUGAACGGACCCUUUUUGUCAUUGCUCUGGUGUUUUUAAUAUGCACUUUGAUUAUUAGAAGUCAACCUGAUUAUGAUGAGGUAGUCGUUAUUGGAGGAAUUCCCGUUACUAGAACUGACAAGGAGGAUGAGAAGGGAAGUGGGAAUGGAACUCAAGUGUAAAUUUUGUAAAUAUGUGUAUAGUAUUUGUUUUGCAACAAUAUAUUUUAUUAUGUACAAAUCUUUAUUUAUUAAGAGGAAUGAAAGCUUAAAUAAAUUAUUGUUUGUUUACCAUAACAAAUUUUAAUUGUAAUAGAUAUUUAAAACUUUAACAUAGAUAUUUGUAAAUUAAUUUAAUUAAUUUUCUCCAUAACUUUGAGGAAUAUCGAUAUUUAUCGAUAUUCCUAAAAACCGUCUAAUAAACUAAUAAUUUGUUUCUAUUACCUUUUUCCUUAUUUAAAUUCAGUCAUCAUCAAUUGAAUACUAUUUCCCAAAAUAAUUCUAGUAACUUUUAUUUCUUUUUAAUCUAGAUAUAAUAUAAAAUUAGUUUUGUCUGUUGAAAUAUAAUUCUAAGUGAAAACCUUGCACUAGUUAUGUGUAGUACUAAUUUUAGUGAUUGGGAUAAGAGCUAACUAUUAAUUAUAAUAAAGAAAUGAAUGAAUA